AUGGAAGCAGAAUCAAGUCACGGAAUGCCGGCAGCACCGAUAUUUGAUGGCGACAACUAUCAGGUAUGGGUUAUUAAAAUGAAAGUUCAUCUCCAGGCACAAGAUCUUUGGGAAGCAGUUGAGGAAAAUUAUGAAGUUGCUGAUUUGCCAGCCAAUCCAACAAUGAAUCAAAUAAAGAUUCACAAGGAGAGGAAGACAAGAAAGGCUAAAGCCAUGGCCCACUUGUAUGCUGCAGUGUCUCCUAAUAUUUUCACAAAAAUCAUGAACCUGUCUUCAGCAAAAGCCAUUUGGGAUCAUCUCAAGGAAGAAUAUCAAGGCAAUGAACGAGCAAAGAAUAUGCAAGUGUUAAACUUGAUCAGGGAGUUUGAAAUGCAAAGAAUGAAGGAGUCAGAAACUGUGAAGGAGUACACUGACAUGUUGCUUAGCCUUGCUAACAAAGUGAGAUUGUUAGGUAAAGAUUUUCUUGAUCAAAGAAUAAUUGAAAAAAUACUUGUUACACUUCCAGAGAGGUAUGAAGCCACCAUCUCUUCUCUAGAAAACGCUAAAGAUUUGUCAAGCAUUUCCUUGGCAGAGUUAGUUAAUGCUUUACAGGCUCAAGAACAAAGAAGGCUUAUGAGGGAAGGAGGAGUCGUCGAAGGAGCUUUACAGGCACAAGUAAGGCCCAUCGGUGGAAAAAAAGUUAAGGAUCACAACAAGAAGCUCACAAAUGCUAAAAACAACAAUAGUGGAAAUUAUCCACCUUGCUCAUACUGCAAAAAAACAAAUCAUCCACAAAACAGGUGUUGGUGGAGGCCCGAUGUAAAGUGUAACAAAUGUGGUCAAUUAGGUCACAUCACAAUUGUGUGCAGAUCACAACAACAAGAAGGAGAAGCUAGAGCUGUUACUAGCCAACCGGAGGAGGAGGAAUUAUUUUAA